ACGUGACGUGGGGUCGUACUUCCAAGAAAAGCUCCAGGAAAAUAGUUUUUACAGGUAAAAAUAAUGUUUGACCAUUCAAUUAAAGUGCCCCGAUUAUACAAAACUGCUUCAAAAAUCGCAAAAGAAGUGAGUGCGGGUAAAGGCAGUAUCAAACAACUCGUCUACGAAUGUAAACAUCCCAAUAUCAAAGCUUUGUACGCGUUACUUGUUCACACGUUUCAAAAGUCAGCCGAUAUUGAGAAAUUAAUAAGAAAAUCAAAACUUUUAGUCAAAGAGCCGAGAUUUGACCCUUGGUUGGCAAAAGUCCUCAUAACUGAACUGUUGUGGGGCAAACAACGUCUCUCAGGGCAGUCUAAGCCGGUCCAAACGAUCUUGGCCUAUGAACAAGUUUUGAAAGCUCACCUAAGCGAUGUUUCUGACGAUGUAAAGGGGGUGGAACAAGUUGAAAAACCGCGAUACGUCCGUGUCAACACUCUCAAAAUCACCACAAACGAGGCUGUUGAGCGCUUCAGAGACGAAGGCUGGAUCUUAAAACAAUACACAGAGAGUGAAAAUUAUCUCGGUUUUCUGGACGCAGUCUCAAAUCUAGACUCUAACGAAUUUAUGAUUGAUUUUCACAUCCCAUAUUUACUAAUUUUCCCACCAAAAACCGAAUUUUAUCAACAUGCCGCAUACAAGAACGGCAGCAUAAUUUUACAAGACAAGGCGAGUUGUCUUCCUGCGCAUAUUCUCGACCCUCAACCUGGAACAUCAAUUCUGGAUAUGUGCGCAGCGCCUGGGAUGAAAACCACUCAGUGUGCUGCUCUUAUCGAUAAUACAGGAAAAAUUUAUGCUGUUGAAAUCGGCAAAAAGCGAUUUCAAACUCUCGAAAAAAUUAUCGAGUCUUCGGGGGUUUCCGGUGUUGAACCAAUUAAUGCCGAUGUAUUGAAACUAACCGCAAAAGAGUACCCCGAUAUUGAAUAUAUCUUAGUAGACCCCAGUUGUUCAGGCUCAGGUUUAACCGAUCGAGUCGAAACCGGACAACAGGCUAAAGACCAGCACUCAGAACGCAUAGAACGACUGGCAGGUUUCCAAAUUAAAAUCCUGCGACAUGCCUUGUCUAAAUUUCCCAAAGUUAAACGAGUCGUAUAUUCGACGUGUUCAGUAUACGCGGAGGAAAACGAAGACGUUGUAAGGCAAGUCCUAGAGACCUGCAAUAGGUUUAAAUUGGUCCCCGCUGACCAGCUUUUGGGUAAAAAAUGGUACAAUUAUGGCACAUCCGAGUUUGGGGAUUUGGGGAAAUUUUGUUUGUAUGCCAAACCUGAUAUAGACCUGACUAGUGGAUUUUUCGUUGCUGUGUUUGAAAGACUGGAAGACGGCGAGACUAAUCAGUUUUUGAAUGCGCAACUCUUUGAAGAGAAAAUGCGAAUUGUGAGUUUGAUGAAUCUGAAUAAAGGGAAAAGUGAAGAGAAAGUAGAGGAGAAACAAAAGAUUGAAGCAAAAGAGAAUGUGACUGGAGUUGUGGAAAAAAUCGAGAAAGAAGACAUCAAAAGUGAAACAAGUAGCGGUAAUGAAGCUACAAAAAAUAAAAAGAAACAUAAAAAUAUUGAAAUCACCGAAGAUUUGGCCAUAAAAAAAGAAACAGAUGAUGGCCUUGAAGAGAAAAAAGUUAAAAAGAAGAAACUUGAAAACAAUAGAGAAGGUUCAGAAAGCAAGGAUAAAGAGAAAAUCUUAAAAAUAAAGAAAGAAGAGGGCGAAAAUAUCAAGAACGUUAUCAUAAAAAGUGAAACAAAUGACAGUACCAGAAAAACGAAAAAGAAGAAGAAUCGUAACAAUAUCGAUAUUUCAGAAAAUCAGAAUGACGCAGAAAAUCAACUGAUCUUAAAAACAGAAUUAGACGACAAUCAGGAAGGUAGGAAGGACAAAAAGAAAAAGAAAUAUAAACACAGUGGUGAAGAUACGGAAGAAAUUGAACAGAGGGAAGACUUGAUCUUGACUAACGAAACAAAUGAUGGUGAAGGGCCAAAAAAGUCGAAAAAGAAAAAGAAACACAAAAAUGAUAACAAUGAAAACUUGAAUUUAGUCAAUAAUGAAGAAAUCAAUGAAGUCAGCAUAAAAAUGGAAACAGACCACGAUGAUGAAGUUACAAAGGCAAAAAAGAAGAAGAAACAUAAACAGACGGACGAUAUCAAAACUUCAGAAGAAGAAAAUGUGAAAAUCAAAAUAGAAAAAAGUGAAAAAAAGAGAAAACAUAAAGAUGUUGACAUGAUGGAUGCUGUUGUUGAACCUCUUAUUCAAAAGAAGAAAAAGAAAGGUGAAUCUGUGAUUAAAGUCGAGGAAAACACUGAAGAAGAUAUACCAAAAAAGAAGAAAAAGAAGAAGGAUACAAUUGAUGAAAGCCGAGAUUGAGAACAUUGUUCCGAAAUCAGAGCAAGUGGAGUUAGUUUUUUUUACUUAAGAACAAAUUUGUGGAUUAGUUUUUUAUUAUGUUGUUUUUGCUAAUAAAAUGUUCCAUUUCGAA